AUGAUGCCGAUGUUGUCCAUUGGGGGAUUGCCGCGGUCCAACUCGUGCAAGACGCACGCAAAGGCGCGGCUCAAGGAAACCCUCACGCCUGAUCUGCUUGAGAAGCUCCGCCGGUUCUGGUUCAAGCAUCUCAAGACCGAUGAGGCCUAUAUCUUACCUCAGAGGAGCCAGAUGGGCCGAUGGUUCUACUCCGACGUCGACUUUGAUGAGGCUUGCGUGAAGAAAUUCCGCCCCGUUUUGGAGGCCAUGAAGUCAGCCAAGAUCACAACUCGAGACAUUCUCACAAUUGUGAGGCCAUUCACACCUUUGCAGUGGCUCGGUCUGGUCCUGCUCCUAGACCAAGUCCCGCGAAACAUCUACCGGGGUCCAGAGUCAUCGACAGUCUUUAAGUUCUUUGACCCAAUUGCGCGCGAAAUCGCACGUCACGCCAUCAACGCCGGCGCCGCGACUCACAACAGGAUCAAGUACCGCGUGGCCUACCGCAUGUGGUUCUACCUGCCCUUCAUGCACUCCGAGGACCUGGCGCUGCACGACUUUGCUGUGGCGCAGUACCAGCAGAUGAAGGACGAUUUCGAGGAGCUGAUGGCUGAAGACGGGGAGGUCGGCAGCGACGAUCAGCGCAAGUGCUGGGGCGUAUUGGCGGUGCAGAAAGAAGCUGCUAGAGACCUGCUGGAGACGAAUUGUGACUUUGAGACGAAGCAUCGCGACAUUAUUGUACAGUUUGGACGAUACCCGCAUAGGAACAUGGCCAUGGGCAGGGAGUCUACUGCGCAGGAGAAGAAAUAUCUUGAGACGGGUGGCGAGACUUUCAGCGCUGCGAGCUAA